AUGCGGGGCCAGCGGCUGCGGAUUUUGAAUUGCAACCAGCACACCGAGACGUCGGAUUUCUUGGGGGGCUUCCGGCCGUCGCGGCACAGGGAGAGGGACGCGGCGGCGUUCGCGGCGGCCGCCGCGCGCGCGGCGGGCGCCUGCGGCGCGCUGUGCGGCGCGCUCGGAGGGGACGAGGCGGCGGCGGCCGCGGCGGCGGCGGCGGCAGCAGCGGCGGCGGGCGGGGAGGGCGGCGGCAGCGCAUGCUCGCCAGCGGAGGUCGCCGGCGCUGCCGCUGCGAUGCACGCCGCAUGCGUGGCGCCGCUCAAGGCGGCCGCCGCCGCCGUCGCAGCCGCUGCUGGCAACAGCAUCGGGGACGGCCCUGACGCGACUGGGGCCGUGGCGGCCGCGGCAGCGGCGCUGCGCAGUGCCCUGGCGGAAAUGGAUGCGGCGGCGGCCGCGGCGCGGGCGCCGUUUGCGUGGGCGGACGGGCCGCUGGUUCUGGCCAUGAGGCAGGGGGACAUGCUAUUGGUGGAUGAGGUCAAUUUGGCGGAGGACGCCGUGCUGGAGCGGCUGAACAGCGUCCUCGAGCCGGGCCGCACCUUGACGCUCGCUGAGCGCGGCGGCGAGGGCGCGGAGGUCGUGGUGGGCGCGCCCGGCUUCCUGGUGCUGGCCACCAUGAACCCGGGCGGCGACUUUGGCAAGAAGGAGCUGAGCCCCGCGCUGAGCAACAGGUUCACGCAGGUGUGGGUGCCCGCGAUUACGGACACCACAGAGCUGCGGGCAAUUCUUGAGUCGAGGUGA